AAGGAAAGGAAGUGCCAGCCAGCAGGUUCAGAGGGACUCUUUAACUCCCCUGAGUCUACCUUGCUGUUCUUUCCCUCCUGGUCUAUAGUUGCCAGAUAUAAAACCUUGCUUGAGUAACCAUGUCGCAGCUGAACUUCACUUCUCGUUCAGCAUCCAGCCCUCCUGGCUUUACCCAAGUCCGGGUCAGCUCUGUUUCUUCAUCGCGUGGAAUCAGAGGGGGUGGCAGCCUUAGGAAGUCUGGUGCCUUUGGUAGCACCAGUCUGUAUAACUUGGGCUCCAGCAGCAAGCGGAUUGCCCCGUCCUACUCCAUCCCACCGACGGGAUGGUUCGGUGGUAUUCAGGAGGUCACUUUUAAUCAGAACCUCUUGGCCCCACUCAACCUGGAAAUUGACCCCAACAUCCAGAAGGUACGCAAGGAGGAGAAGGAGCAGAUCAAGGUCCUCAACAACAAAUUUGCAUCCUUCAUUGACAAGGUCCGGUUCCUUGAGCAGCAAAAUAAAAUGCUGGAGACCAAGUGGAACCUCUUACAGCAGCAAAAGACCACCCGGAGCAACACUGCCCCCAUCUUUGAGAUGUACAUCAACAACCUGCGGAGACAGCUAGAGACCUUUCAGAAUGACAAGGGACGCCUGGAAGGAGAACUGAAGAACAUGCGGGAUCUUGUUGAGGAUUUUAAGAACAAGUACGAAGAUGAAAUCAACAAACGCACCAGUGCAGAGAAUGAUUUUGUUGUGCUCAAGAAAGAUGUUGAUGCUUCCUACAUGAAUAAGGUGGAGCUGGAAGCCAGGGUGGACGGGCUGACAGAAGAAAUAAAUUUCAUGAGAGCAUUCUAUGAAGCAGAACUGUCUGAAUUGCAGACCCAAAUCUCCGAUACUUCAGUUGUCCUUCAAAUGGACAACAAUCGGAGCCUGGACUUGGACAGCAUCAUCGCUGAGGUCAGAACUCAGUAUGAGGAGAUUGCUAAGAAAAGCAGGAUGGAGGCAGAAAACUGGUACCAAAGCAAGUUUGAGGCCUUGCAAGUCACUGCUGGAAAGCACGGAGAUGACCUGCGGAGCACAAAGAGUGAGAUUGCAGAGACUAACCGCACAAUACAGAGGCUGCAAGCUGAGAUUGACAGUGUGAAAAACCAGCGUGCCAAGCUUGAAGUCGCCAUUGCUGAAGCAGAGGAACGCGGCGGGCUGGCUGUCAAAGAUGCCAAGGCGAAACUGGAGGAGCUGGAGCAGGCCCUCCACAAAGCUAAGCAGGACAUGGCCCGCCAACUGCGUGAAUAUCAGGAGCUGAUGAAUGUCAAGCUGGCUCUGGAUAUUGAGAUUGCCACUUACAGAAAGCUGCUGGAAGGGGAGGAGAGCAGGUUGUCUGGAGAAGGAGCUGGUUCUGUGAGCAUGACCAUGGUCAGCUCCAGUGGUGGCAGCGCAUAUGGCAGCGGAGGUGGUCUUGGCUUUGGUGGAGGAUUCGCCCUGGGAGGUGGACUGGCCGGCGGAUCCAUUGGCGUUUCCUCUGGGGCUGGCUCAGGCAGCCUGAAAUCAUCAUACAGCGUGACAACCAGGAGAAGCAUCAAGAAUUAAAUUCAGCAAAGAAAAAGUCAUCACUGCCUGAAUAAAAGAAAUUUCCUGUCCUUUCCUUGUAACAGAGAAGAAAAUAUGGGCUUGGGGGAAGGGGUUGUUUUUUCCCAGCAGCCCAAAUGGCUGCAACAUCCAGCAGUGAUGAUACAGAUCUGCAAAUCCAUGAGCAGCUCCCUACUUCCUAUAAACAGCCUUAAUUCUGUUCUUGUGCCCAUUCAGACCAAGGAGAACUUUGCUGUUGAUUUCACUGACAGCAGAGUAACCUGGGUCAGAAGUGUCCAGGAAGUAACCACCUGCUCUGGCUUUGAUGUAGAAAUGUGCUGCACUUUCCUACCCUCUAUGAUUUUUAUUGGAAGUGGGAGAGGAAUGAAAGUCAUUAAAAUAAAGUUGGAGCUAUCUUUCUUUUCUCCUAAA